GCCUUUCAGUGCAUUUGAUGGCACGCGCACAGAAACCACGCGGGUUCAACUUUCUGUGUAACCUACCGACUCCGGGCUGCCCGCGGAAAAAAAAGAACUUUUAGCCAAAAGCGUCGGGUCGGACGAGCGCUGGCGUCUUUGUGUUCUGUCCCAGACACCGGACUCUCCGGGCGGCGGUGAGGGGAAGAAGCCGCUGACGGCUGAGAAGACGAGAAACUCGCGUCAAUGGACGUGGGGAGAGGAGGAGGAGGAGGUGGGGGCGGUGGGGACUUGUUGCAUGUGGUGACAGCGGUGAUACACAUUCACAGUCCAGAUCCACGUGGGAGGGAUUUGGGCACGACCAAAGCGCCUGUUGCUUCUGCUGCUUGCGUGCGAGCGUGCGUGAGAGGUAAGAGACGGAAUAAUUGAGUUCCUUCAGUCUGCUCGGGGCCUGCGACUGAUCAAGUGCUACAGGGUUUGAUUGGCAUAAUGGCACCAUACCCCCCCAGGUCUAUGGAAAUGCAGGAUCUCGCCAGUCCUCACAGCCGAGUAAGUGGAAGCAGUGAAUCUCCUAAUGGUCCCAACCUCGACAACUCACACAUCAAUAACAAUUCCAUGACACCCAAUGGCACUGAAGGUGAUAACAUCACAAUGCUUACCACUGCAGACUGGUUGUUAGGUUCUAACUCACAGUCCGCUGCAGUUAAAACCGAGCCAAUGAGCAGCAGCGAAAUCGUCACCUCAGUAGCAGACACCUCUCUAGACAGCUUCUCAGGAUCAGCUAUUGGAACCAGUGGCUUCAGCCCAAGACAAACGCACCAGUUCUCUCCACAGAUUUACCCUUCCAAAACGUAUCCGCAUAUUCUUCCUACCCCCUCAUCCCAAAAUAUGGCUGCGUAUGGGCAGACGCAGUACACCACAGGAAUGCAGCAGGCCGCAGCUUAUGCUAGCUACCCCCAGCCUGGCCAGCCGUACGGCAUCCCAGCUUAUGGUCCAUUGUGGGCAGGCAUAAAGACGGAGGGGGGUCUGAGCCAGUCCCAAUCCCCGGGACAGACGGGCUUCCUGAGCUACGGCUCUGGCUUCACCACGCCGCAGACAGGACAGGCCCCCUACAGCUACCAGAUGCAGGGUGGAACUUUUACAACAACUUCCGGACUGUACGCAGGAAACAACUCCCUGACGAAUUCGACUGGCUUCAACAGCACACAACAGGACUACCCGAGUUAUCCAGCCUUCGGCCAGGGCCAGUAUGCUCAGUAUUACAACAGUUCCCCCUACACCUCACCCUACAUGACAAGUAACAACACCAGUCCCAGCACACCCUCCACCACCACCACCUAUACCCUGCAGGAGCCACCCACUGCCAUCACCAGCCAGGCCCUGACAGACAACCCUGCAGUGGAGUACAGUACCAUCCACAGUCCAUCAACCCCCAUUAAAGAUUCAGAUUCGGAUCGAUUGCGCCGGGCCUCGGAUGGAAAGUCACGUGGCCGGGGGAGAAGGAAUAACAACCCAUCACCGCCGCCCGACUCUGACCUUGAGCGAGUUUUCAUCUGGGACCUGGAUGAAACAAUCAUCGUUUUCCAUUCCUUGCUCACGGGUUCUUAUGCCAACAGAUAUGGACGGGACCCACCGUCAUCUGUAUCAUUAGGACUGAGGAUGGAAGAAAUGAUCUUCAACUUGGCCGACACACACUUAUUCUUUAACGACUUAGAGGAAUGUGACCAGGUACACAUCGACGACGUGUCGUCUGACGACAAUGGCCAGGAUCUAAGCACGUACAACUUCGGCGCUGACGGCUUCCACGCUGCGGCGACCAGCGCUAACCUGUGUCUGGCCACGGGCGUGCGGGGAGGCGUGGACUGGAUGAGAAAGCUGGCCUUCCGCUACAGACGAGUAAAAGAAAUCUACACCACCUACAAAAAUAACGUCGGAGGUCUGCUGGGCCCAGCCAAAAGGGAAGCCUGGUUGCAAUUGCGAGCAGAAAUUGAAGCCUUGACGGACUCCUGGUUAACACUGGCACUGAAAGCACUAACAUUAAUCCACUCAAGGUCAAACUGUGUGAACAUACUGGUGACCACCACGCAGCUCAUCCCUGCCCUGGCUAAGGUCUUGCUCUAUGGCUUGGGAAUCGUCUUUCCGAUCGAGAAUAUUUAUAGUGCAACCAAAAUAGGGAAGGAGAGCUGCUUCGAGCGAGUAAUCCAAAGGUUCGGGAGGAAAGUUGUUUACAUUGUUGUCGGAGACGGCGUGGAAGAGGAGCAAGGCUCAAAAAAGCACAACAUGCCCUUCUGGAGGAUCUCCAGCCAUUCAGACCUCAUGGCCCUCCACCACGCUCUGGACCUGGAGUACUUGUAGCACCACCGCACCGCCGUCGUACACCCUGCUCCACCUCAGCACACCCCUGCGAAACCUUUCACCUUCGCCCUCCGGCCCACGUCCCACGCUUGCCGCAGACCCCACAGCUCAGAAAGAAAGAAAAGAACGCCCCCCCUGCCUGCGCUGCCUGGCGUCUCUUCCACUUCACAGGAAGAGGAGAACAGAGGAGGGGAGAAAAAAAAGGGGCUGAGCGCACGGUUAAUGUGCUGACAUACGGUCACACUUCGUCUUAACCCGAAACUUUCUUUUUUUUUCUUCUUCUUCUUUUUUUUUUUUCUGGGAGCGAAGGAGAGAGAGGUGAAUUUACGGCGCCGCAGCUGCUCGCCCUGGUUACUGUGAAUUGGCCGCUUUCUGAAGCUGUCAAAGUGUUUUACGGCGCCCCGUUUGUGCCGGGACUCUGUCAGGGUUCACACCUGUGAGGGGAGCACAGCUACUGAUGGCCUCGCCCGCCUCGCCUCGCCUCACCUCGCCACAGAACUCAGCUACAGUAAACCACAGGCCCUCGACUACUGGGGGUGACAUUACUCCGUCCCUCUAGACCCCCCCCCCCCCCCCCCCCCCCCCCCACCUCCCUCGGCUCUUCACCUCCCGCCUCUUUCUGUUCCUUAUCUUACUUUUUAUCCUCCCCUCUGUCAUGGGACAGACGGACAAAGCGACUGCUCCUCUGUUAACUGUGGGCCUGGGAGUCCUGUGCUUCUUAUUUAUGAACGGAGACUUUGUGAGCGGCGCCGGGGCCGCGGAGAAGGAACCUCGACGACAAAAGACUCGUGCCUUUUACAAAGUACUGUUGAGUUCCACCGCAGCGAGAUGAAGACGUUUAUGGAAGAAACAAAACAAAAAAAAGGGAGGGGGGUUUUCUAAUAAUUUAAGAAAAUUACAAAAAACUUUAUUUACAAUGCUGAGACAAUCGUGUACAGAGGAAAAUCUUUUUUUGUGUGUGUGUAAGUUUGUAAUCACUGGACUAUUCCUUCCUAUAUUCAUUUAGGUACGUGCUCUCACAUUGGCGGCAAAGCUUCUUCAAUGAAGUAAAAAGAAAAAAAGGCAUCCCAUCGCACAUGAGCUUGUGCGACGCCUGAAAGUGUUGAUGUGUUCGAGUUUUGUUCAGUAAACAAAUAUGUAGAUAACGGGAUUUUGUGAUAAAUCGUUUUUUUGUCAAGACCAAAAGCAUGGAUGUCAAGUGUCAAUGACCUCUCGUCGGACUCUCAUCGGGAAACUGCAUUCACACUAUUUCUAUAGAAUAACAGGUCUUCUCUGUUGCAAAGUCCUUUUUAGACUCAUUUCAAAAGGAGACAAGUAUUUGUGGGUGGUGUUUUUUUUUAGUUAUUGGGGAAAGGUAGCUCACAACUACAACGAACACAGCUCACGACAUUUGACCGGCUUGCAGCCCGACCCCAUAUAUUUGAAAGCCAACUUAAUUCUGAUAAGGGUUUUUGGACGUGGGGUACGGCAGUUUUCCUGCCAUUUUAUCAACAAAUUUGAAUAAAUCCGAUAUUUAAAAACAAACAAAACAAAAAAAAAGCAGGCUUGAGUAGGUUUUAUUAUCUUUUAUACAAGCGCUAUAAAAAAAACUCUUGUACAGCGAGCGUAAUUUUUGUAUGAUGUAGUGUUUUUAUUUCAACUUUGAGAAUACAUUCUGUGUCCCACUUUUGGAAGUAGCGGAACUACACGAGGCCCCUCCGCGCGGCGCUUCAACAUCUGUGGAUGGGAGGAAAACCAAUAAUGAAUGUUCAGAGAAAAGCCACUAACUUCGAGGGGUUUGUGAACAGACAGGACAUGUGCUAUCGACUGUGAAUUUCUUAAGCAGAAACCGACUCUGUGUUUCUAAUUCUUUUCUCCCUCCUUUGCACAUGAUCACUGCUGGCCUUUAACAUUUCAAUUUGGAUCUCUCCUCUCUCUACCCCCUUUACAUACCCCCGACACCCCCAUCUACUCAAAACAACUUCUCCCCCCGUGCUGCGGGGGUAUCUACAUGUUGCUGCUAGAUCAAGGUAAUGGUAGGUAAAUAGAGGAUAUGUUUUAUAGAUUCACACAGCACGCUUUUUCUUUUCUUUUUUUUAUUAUUAUUAUGUUGCAAUCAUAAAUGCAAACUGGAAAUACUUUACACUACAUGGGCCUCAUUGUGAAACGCAAAAAAGAUUGUUGUGUCUGCAAAAUAUGUGUACAGAUGUUUUUUGACAUUAUUAUUUGACUGUGUUUAAAUUAAUAAAUCUGAUUUGUGAACUGUAA